AUGAUGUUUGCCAAUUGCAAAGGCCCAAUCUGGGGCAAAGACGACUUCUCCAGAUGCUUCCAACUAGACUAUCUUCAAACAUUAUUUCCCCUCGUUGUCUGCGGUGUCUCCGUCGUUUAUCUACUCGUUCAACUCUACUUUGCCGCCACUGCCUCGAGAUAUCAACACGCCUACAGCGCUCUCCAAGAUGCACGCCACGUCUGGUCCUUUCGUAGUCCACGAUACGACGGCGAUGCCAGUGACAGCGAAGAGGAGGAUGAAUUCGACCGCAAUGAGGACCUCGCCCUUCACCUGGUGAACACAAUGUCUACGGUCGCUGUCGUGAAGCCUCGCGGAGAGGUCACAGUGGUGAUCUUGGAAGAGGCUGCUGUACUGGCUCAACUGGGCCUUCACGUCGCAAUCCUGAUGACAAACGCAUGGGGCAGACAUGGGAAACUGGCUUCGAUUGCCAAUGUCGCAGUUUGGGGAUACAUUGCCACGUUGGCUUCGUUCAGGCUGCUGUUCUCCAGCACAGGCAAAUUCUCCUUUCCAAAAUUAUGGUAUCAUACUGCCUUCAUCUACGGCUUCCAAUGGGUCUUCAGCAUUCUGCUCUUCCGUUCUGCCAUCAUCCACCCUCGAUCCGAUGUCCACCAGAAGCUCAUGAUCGGCGACUUUGUCCUCGUUUCGUUGUUAUUCCUUAUUUCGCUCUGUUCGAGAAAGGGCAAUAAAGCGGUGGAAUUGGAAUAUGAGGGAGACAUUAAGCCCGCCAGGGAACCUGUAGCCAGUGUUUUCUCGUUAGCUACAUUCAGCUGGGUCGAUCCAAUCGUCUGGACGGGUUACAAGAAGACGUAUGAGCUGUCAGAUGUCUGGAAUCUUGCGGCCAAGGACAAGGCUGCCGCUGUCAUUGCAAACUACCGUCAGGUCAAGAAGACCACGAGCUUAGCAUUUCAUCUACUAAAGCACUUCAAACGUGGUCUACUCAUUCAAGCCGGGUGGGCUGCCAUUUCAGGUUUCCUUACCUUUGCUCCUACACUACUUCUCAAGGCUAUUCUUGAAUACAUCGAGAAGCCACAUCUCACGCCUGUCAACGCGGCAUGGUUCUACGUCAUACUGCUCUUUGUUUCUGGCACAAUGUCUGCACUUGCUGAUGGCCAGGCACUGUGGAUUGGCCGAAAAAUCUGCAUACGGCUACGCGCUGUCAUCAUCGGCGAAAUCUACGCCAAGGCCCUCAAGCGCAGGGCAGCUGCAGGGACUGACAAAAUUCUGGGUAAAGAGAAGAAACAAGAAGUAGACGAUGAGCCAAAGGGACUGAAGCGGAUGUUGACAUUCGGCAGCAAGAAAAAGAAGGCGACUGCAAGUCCCAAGGAGAACGAUUCGAAGCCUGCCUCUGAAACCCAAGUUACCACUGGUGCCAUUAUCAACCUCAUGGCUGUGGAUGCGUUCAAAGUCAGCGAGAUUUCUGCAUAUCUGCAUUUCCUUUGGGCUAAUACCCCAGUGCAAGUCGUUGUUGCAGUUGUCCUUUUGUACCGCAUCCUUGGCUACAGUUCCAUUGCAGGUAUUGGCAUGAUGGUCAUUCUUCUGCCGAUUAACAUGUAUGUCGCAAGACAAUUUGCCAAGAUCCAAAAACUUAUCCUUGCGGCUACCGACGCACGUAUCCAUACCACCAACGAGGUACUAACCAACAUUCGCAUCAUAAAAUUCUUUGCUUGGGAACAGCGCUUCGUUGGGCUCGUCAACGAGAAGCGAUACGUCGAGUUGAAGCACUUGCGCCGGAGAUACAUACUUUGGGCAGUGGCAGCUACGAUAUGGUCGGGCUCCCCAGUUCUGAUUACGUUCCUCUCCUUCCUAGUUUACACCAAUGUUGAGCACAAGGCGUUGAUUCCAUCCGUUGCCUUUACGGCUCUCUCACUCUUCCAGAUUCUACGAAUUCCUCUGGACCAGCUCGCAGACAUGGUGGCUCACGUCCAAGAAUCGAAGGUCUCCGUUGAUCGAAUUGAGGAGUACUUGAGCGAGCCAGAAACCGACAAGUACUCGCAACUCAUCACUCGCAAGAAAGAUGAAGAUGGUCAGCCAAUCAUUGGCUUUGAAGAUGCUACAUUCAGCUGGGGUGGAACGGAUAUGAAGGACAAGUCCUCCGCCGACGCCUUCAAGCUGCAGGAUCUCAAUUUGAAGUUCUCCGUCGGAAAGCUCAAUGUCAUAGUCGGACCGACAGGCUCCGGAAAGACCUCAUUACUUAUGGGAUUGCUGGGCGAGAUGACAAAGUUGAAAGGCAAUGUCUACCUGCCAGGAGGUGGCAGUCGUGAAGACUUGACACCAGAUCCCGAAACAGGACUCACUGAGAGUGUGGCAUACUGCGCCCAACAAGCCUGGCUCGUCAACGGUACCGUCAGGAACAACAUUGUCUUCGCUAGCGACUUUGAUCAGCAGCGAUAUGAUGACGUGAUCGAAGCCUGUUGCCUGAAGCGUGACCUCGAGAUCUUGGAUGCUGGUGACGAGACUCUUGUCGGUGAGAAGGGUGUUACAUUGUCUGGAGGCCAGAAGCAGCGUAUUUCUCUUGCACGUGCGCUUUACAGCAAAGCUCGACAUGUCCUUCUCGACGACGUGCUGAGCGCGGUUGAUUCUCACACCGCCAAGUGGAUAUUCGAUUACGCCCUAUACGGUCAGCUCAUGGCAAACCGGACAUGCAUUCUCGUCACGCACAACGUGAGCUUAUGCUUACCGCAUGCCGACUUUGCCGUUGUGCUUGAGAAUGGCAAGGUAGCCACGCAGGGUUCUGCGACGACCGUCAUUCAGUCGGGCAAGCUUACUGAAGACUUGACCAAGUCUCGCCCCGCAUCUCGCGGUGCAUCGAAGGCACUCUCACGGGACCCCUCGGGCGAUCCUGUGGGUGAGCAAGCACAAGGCGAGGCCAACCUUCCGAAUGGAGCUACCAAUGGCAGUACCAACGGCAAUGUCAACGGCUCGACAGAUACAAAGCAGAAAAAGAUGCCUGCUAGCAAUAGCCAAGAAGAAACCAAGGCUGAGGGAGGCGUCAAGCUGAGCAUCAUCACCAUGUACCUCAAGGCUAUGGGUCCUUGGUACUAUUGGUUAGGAGCCACCAUUGCUUUUGUUUCUGCUCAGAUAUCUUCUGUCUCAACGAAUCUUUGGAUUCGAACAUGGGCCAACGCUUACGCUGAUAGAGGUUACGCCAUCUCGGAACAUCAUGCCCAUUUGCCAGUUACACAUGCACCGACCCUAAGUGGUAUGGGAACAUGCAUGAAGAGCGCCACAUGCAGCUGGAACCUUCCUUUCCUGGCACCGGCUCAAGAUCACAGUUUCUCUUACAAUUCGAUGCAGACGACAUUCCUAAACUCAAAGCCAGAUGUCGACUCCGCGUACUUUCUCAGCGUGUACGCGGUGCUGGGAUUGGUGUUUAUGCUUAUCACGUUCUUGCGGGAGGGAUUUCUCUUUGGUGGUUCUCUUGCUGCGUCUCGGCGCAUACACGAAAGCUUGAUCCAAAAAGUUACACAUGCUAAAUUUCGUUUCUUUGACCAGACACCGUUGGGUCAGCUGAUGAACAGGUUUUCAAAAGACAUCGAAGCUGUGGACCAGGAAGUCGCGCCCGUCGCCAUUGGCGUCGUUCAUUGUGCUGCCUCUAUCGUUACGAUCGUGAUAUUGAUCUCAAUCAUCACACCCGCUUUCCUCUUCGCUGCUUCGGUCAUUUCAGUAGUCUACUUCCUCAUCGGAAGAUUCUACAUCAACUCAUCUCGCGAUCUGAAGCGACUGGAAUCAGUCCAUCGCAGUCCACUCUACCAGCAAUUUGGCGAGACGCUAUCGGGCAUGACUACAAUCCGUGCAUAUGGCGAUGAGCGACGUUUCAUUCGUGAAAACCUGGGCAAGAUUAAUACGCAGCACCGUCCUUUCAUAUAUCUGUGGGCGGCUAAUAGAUGGCUCGCGUUCCGUGUGGAUGUUGUUGGUGCCCUGGUCGCUUUCUUUGCCGGAGCCUUUGUCGUCCUAAGUGUUGGCAAGAUCGAUGCAGGCGCUGCUGGUCUUGCUCUUACAUACGCCGUCACUUUUACAGAAAACGUACUGUGGUUUGUUCGACUAUAUUCUGCCAAUGAGCAGAACAUGAACUCUGUAGAGCGAGUCAAGGAGUACCUCGAUGUUGACCAAGAGGCAGCACCAGUUGUUCCAGAAAGCAGGCCUCCUUCCAACUGGCCGAGCAGGGGUUCCGUAGAAUUCAUCGGAUACAGCACACGAUACAGGGCAGACUUUGAUCUGGUGCUCAAGAACUUGACUUUCAAGAUUUUGCCCGGGGAGAAAGUCGGCGUGGUUGGCAGGACUGGUGCAGGCAAGAGCUCAAUGGCACUCGCACUGUUUCGUGCUCUUGAGGCUGAGCAGGGCAAGAUUCUUAUCGAUGAUGUUGACAUUGGAUUGAUCGGUCUGCAGGAUCUGCGGGAGAACAUCGUCAUGGUACCGCAAGAUCCCACGCUCUUCACUGGUACCAUUCGCAGCAACCUAGAUCCCUUUAGCAUCUUCACCGACGAAGAAAUCUACACAGCUCUCCGCGAAGUGCACCUCAUCUCCACUACCUCGCGCCCCACUUCUGGAACUGCCUCGCCCACCGGAACCACCACACCACCCGCUCGGGCCAUUGAAAUCCCCAAUCCAACUUCCGGCGCUGUUACUGCAGACGUAAACUCAAGCUCCUUCGCUGCUACCACAAACCCCGGCUCCAUCCUGGCCAACCGUGACUGGGAACGUGGCGAAACACAAGACGACACCAUCAUUGUCAUGCCGAACGGGCACGUUGCAGAUGCCAAUGCGGAACAGGCCAUGGAAGAUGCAAUGGCGGCCGACAACAAGAACCCGUUCCGCAAUCUCUCCACCCCAGUCAGCGAAUCCGGCUCCAACCUCUCCCAAGGCCAACGCCAACUCCUCUGUCUUGCUCGCGCGCUCCUCAAAGCGCCCAAAGUCCUGCUCAUGGACGAAGCCACAGCGUCGAUUGACUACGCGACGGAUGCCAAGAUUCAAGAAACCAUUCGCCUGAUCAAGAACACGACGAUUACGAUUGCGCAUCGCCUGCAGACGAUUAUCGAUUACGACAAGGUGCUGGUGCUGGACAAGGGCGAGGUCAAGGAGUUUGCCCAUCCAUUUGAGCUGAUUGGCAAGGAGGGUGGUAUCUUUAGGGGCAUGUGCGAGAGCACGGAUGAGUUUGAGGGGUUGGUGGAGACGGCGAAGGCGGCGUGGGAGGAGAGUGAGAAGAAGAAGGGGAAGGCGGGUAGUGGGGCAGAGAGAGGGGAGUAG